UCCAAACAAUCUCAACCGUAGAAACAGCCGACCCGAAGAAGCUGCUGAGGUCAAUAAAUAUUGUCUCUCACCUUCGCAUAAUCACCAUAAUCGCCAAAGAAAGAAACCCAAAUUUCAUCUCUCAUCUUUCUUGGGUUUUCUUGCUUUGUUUCUCAAUCUUUCUGUCAGCUCAGAGAAAUUUGAUUAAUAUCAAAAGAAUUGUUUGUCGGUUUCGCUUUCUACUUCCAGAAUCUUUCUUUCAUGUCUGAAUUCGACAACGCUAUUCCAACUGCUUUUGAUCCCUUUGCUGAGGCAAAUGCUGAGGACUCCGGUGCUGGGACAAAAGAUUAUGUUCAUGUGCGUGUACAGCAGCGAAAUGGGAGGAAAAGCCUAACUACUGUGCAAGGGUUGAAGAAGGAAUAUAGCUACAACAAGAUACUUAAGGACCUCAAGAAAGAGUUCUGCUGCAAUGGAACUGUUGUCCAGGACCCUGAGUUAGGCCAGGUCAUUCAACUUCAGGGUGAUCAAAGGAAGAACGUUUCCACCUUUCUCGUGCAGGCUGGCAUUGUGAAGAAGGAAAAUAUCAAGAUUCAUGGUUUCUAAGAAGCAGCAAGCUAAUUGCUAUACCUAGUUUACACGUCUUCCAUGGUAUCAAGUUCGAUAUAGAACUUGGCAUCUUUAGCUUGUGUUCUUUUCAACAUUAAUUCAGGAUAUUCUGUUUUCUGCAUUUUAAAAGUGGAUUCGCUGCUUGUUGUGUGAUGUGGAUUAAAUAUGUAUGACUACCGGAUCCCUUGCCAGAAUAAAGCUUGCUGGCGUUCUAUA